AUGUUGUUCAUUCUUCCACUUCUCGCUAGCAUUGCCACUGUGCAAGGCCUUAUUAUCCCCCGCGAUGCAGCUCCAGUGCUCUCCAGUCUCGACGCAAUAACAACCCAACUGCACAGUUUAGGAGGGCUUGUCCAGAAGUUCAACGGCGGCGGCAAUGGAACACUCGCAGCGCUGGAAAUCCAAGGCAAGACAGGCGACCUGAAAACAACAAUCGACAACGGAACUACCACGAUCAAUAAAAUCCAACCCCUCAACGAGAAUGAUUCUGCCAAGGCGGUCAAUGUCGUGGUAGAGCUGCAGUCGGAUAUAUACGACCUGCUCGACCUGCUGGUGCAGAAGAAGCCGGCUUUCGACACUGCGAUUCUGGGAGUCGGAUCGGCCAGCUUUCUGGUUAAGAUUGAUUUGGAGAACCUGCAGAAAAGUACUGGGCUGUUGGGGAGUGCGAUUACCGAGAAGCUGGUGGAUGAGCUGAAGCGACUGGCGCCGUUGGUGACUUCUGAUAUCGACUUUCAUUUUGCGCAGGCCAUUAAAGCGUUUUCGUGA